ACAAAUUGUUUACUGUAGAGACAGUAGAUCUAGAUCCGUAGUCUAAGUCUAGUGACUAGUGGUCUAAGGAAUUCCAAAAAAUUGUUUGAAAUAUUGUCAGAAUCCAGUAUGAACUUUUAUAAGCGAAACUCUAAUAUGCAUUUACUUGUGUUUGCAACCUCUAUUUUGAUCAGCUCUUGCUUUGCAGAGACUAUUCAGGACUACAUAUGCAGUAGAAAAUUCCAGGGGUUCAAAGUUGACUAUAAAAAAAGAUCUUGCGUUGAAGGAGUAGCUGUUGGAUGUGAAAAUCCUUUUCCUUAUGACAAUCUGAAAGAAUGCAUGAAUGAUUUUAAUGGCAAGAGUAACAUUUGUGAGCGAAUGAAGCCUUGCAAAAAUAAUGGCGUCUGCUCCCCUAUAAUGACGGAGAAUCAUACAAGAACCUAUAAGUGUGAAUGCUCCAACACUGGAUUCUAUGGGAAGAGAUGCCACAUUAGAUGCCCAAAAGAUUUGUCAGCAAAAGCUCCCAAAACUCUGCCAUGCCUUAAAAUUUGAUGGGCAAACUUGCCAACUAAACUUGCCUACUUAAACUAUGUAGAACUAUGUUGUAUACUUAGUGCCUUAUAAUACUUAUAUCAAAUAUAAAUUGUUAUGCUUGCAUUUAUUUUAUACCGGUUUAUAUCAAUUUGCUGAAAAUAUUUAUACUUAAAUCUUUGCUUUAGCAAAUGUAAGUAACUGAUAACUGCCAAGAUUAGUUCGAAACCUUGCAAUAAAUAAUUGGUAUCCAGUCCUAGUCAGAAAAUUACUAUUUAAAAAACAAAUAUCUACCAGUAAAACCCUUUAUUAAAACAUCCACUUUUUUAAUAGUCAUGUUAUUUUAAAUCUAUAAUUGGCCAUAACAAGUUACAUGAGCAUUUAACUUAUUUAAAUAUUUUUUUUAAAGAGAACCCAUGCAGGGCAUGUCUUCAUAGGAAGUAGAUGUGUACAUUCCUAUGUGUUGUUCAGUUUAACUGAAGCUAUGUCAGUGUUAGAAGAUCCCAUGAACUGACACUGGAAUGGCAUGGCAGAGAAGUAGAGCACAUGGGUACACCUCUGAGUUUGGAAUCUGUAGCACAUCCCUGGGGUUUGAGAGUUCUACAAACAAGUGAGCUCUAUUUCCUCUGUUCUACUGUCUGUCAGUUCUAAACAGGUACAUGCAUGAAUUACUUUGUGAACUAAUACUAGAUCUAUGUCACAAUGAGAACAUUGCAAGGAUGUGUUCAAAGUCCCAACUUAGUAUCUGGAUUUAAACAGUUUUGGUGGAUUUGUUUACUUGGCUACCCCAUUCCAUGUUAAUCAGUUUAUUUGUUUCUGAUUAUUUUAUUGUAAAUAAAACUUGUACACAUUGUAUUACUGUAUCAAAGAGUAUAAUCAUUCCAGCACUUGUACUUAAUUAACAUUGUUAUUUAUAUUAUCAACUAUUAUUGAUGUGUUGAGGUGAUAAAAGUGAAACCAAAUUUAAACCAAUUUUUUUUUUUAAAGUUUUUGCUGAAACCUUCAUUGUAAAAUUGUGCAUGUGUAAGCACAUCAAUAGAUAAAACUUAACAGAAGUGCUUGCUUUUAAAGACUUAAUUUGAUAUUUUUGUAACACUUAAUUAAAAUAUAUACUUGUGGUAACUUUACAUAAAUAAAAACUUUUAA